AUGUCAAAUUGGAAACUUCAUCAAUCAUUCUAGAUCAGAGAAAAGACCGUGUAAUUGUGAAAUAAUUGUUUGACGAUAUUUUGCUAAUUGAAAUAACUUCAUUAAAAUGAGUAAUAUAAAAGAAGGAAGUCGUGCCCUGUAUAUUUGGGAUGGUGAAAUGAGUUCGGAGAUAGAAACACAAGUGAAUGAAAUCAAAAACAUCAAAAAUGUUCAAUUGAAUGUUGAAAACCUUCAGCGAAUUACAAUGGCAUCAUAUUCAAAUUCCACGUUCGACGUAAUUGUAACGACGCACAAGCAAUUCGAUAAAAACAUUCUUGCACUCAUUUUGAAGCUGUUGAAACCGUCUGGGAAAUUUACAAUCAAUUCACCGGAAGGCGAUGUAAAAGAGCUCAAGGAAAAUGCCGUUUUGUCCGGUUUCGUCAAUGUUCAAUAUGAACAGGAUCAAUUAAUCUGUGAAAAGCCAAAGUACGAAGUUGGUUCGUCCGCCAAACUAUCAUUCGGCAAGGCGCCCGUCAAAUCAGCUGUGGCUUCUGUGUGGAAAAUCGACAAUGAUGACGACGAAAUUAUUAAUCCCGACGAUCUGUUGGACGAGGAAGAUAAGGUUAAACCAGAUCCGACGUCAUUGAGAGUUUGCGGUACAACGGGCAAACGAAAGGCAUGCAAAGAUUGUUCUUGUGGCUUAGCUGAAGAGCUUUCUGGUGAGAAAGCUGCUGAAAACGUUCCGACGCAAAAAUCGUCGUGUGGCAGUUGCUAUCUUGGCGACGCUUUUCGCUGUGCUUCAUGUCCCUAUCUUGGUAUGCCUGCAUUCAAACCGGGAGAGAAGAUUCAGCUGACCGACAGUUUACUGAAAGCCGAUGCUUGAAUUGAUAAUUUUUAGUUCGUAUUGUUGGAGAUGCAAAUAAAGAUGCAGGAAAUUUUUGUGAAGAA